UUUAAAGAGGAAUGUGUCAAACAAUCAGUGGAGCAGAUUGAGAGACACCCAUUUUCUGAACCUUGGGAGGAUAGUGACUUGGUGCUCACAGUGGAGGAUGAUACAUUUUAUGUCCAUCGACAGAUCCUGAGUUUACACUCUCCAGUGUUCAAAGCAAUGCUCAGCUCAAAGUUUAAGGAAGGAACAGCCACAGAAAUUCCAUUACCAGGAAAGAAGGCAAAUGAGGUUCUGGAUUUUCUGAAGGUGCUCUACUUGAAAGAAACAGAGGGUAUUACUUGUAAGUAAGACAUACAGUGUAUAGUGACAUUGAAAAAUCAAUAAUCAAAUUAAGUAGUGUAUGCAUAUAUGCCAACUCUCCCAGCUUAUGUGGGAGUACCAGAUAUGGCUUGAAUAUCCUGGUCUCGCAUAUUAUUCACCCAAUCUCCCAGAUAAAAUCAACUUAUGAGCUCUUCUUGCUUCAGUUUGGAACUUAGCCCAUUUUCCCAAACUUUAAAAUAAUAUGUUUUCAAGCCAAUGUAGUAUGGUUCCUGCUGUACUUUGGCAUUUAUUUCAUCACUUACAAGGAUUAUUUCAUCAAUCCUGCCUUGGAGGCAACUUUUGGUGGUCUCUUUUAUACCUCAUAUGUAAGACUUCAUUAUAAUGUGUACCCUGCAAUCAUUCCCCCCAUAUGCAGGGGUGGGGGGGGGGGGAUGGGCUACAAAACAGAUAGUCUUUACAUUUUACAUCUUGAAAGGUAAUUGGCAUCUCUGUGUAUGUCUUUCGAAUUUUGCUAAGUGUGGUUUGCAUGUAUAAAGUAUGCAAAAUCACCGCAAAAAGCAUCUGAAAAGACAAAGGCAACUUUCACGAAAGCAUUGUGCAAGUAUGAAUGUUUUACUCUGUCUUUGGUUGACUUGAUAUUUGCUGUGUUUUCACCCCCAAUUGUCAUGUGGGCUGAUGACUCUGUGCUAAUGCUUCUGAAAUACUUGUGCUCAUUACCAGAGGCUAAUGGGAAUGUGCCACUGGAUAGGGUCGCAUUUUUACGCUGAAUUGACUAUAAUGGGGUCACAUUUUCGAUAGAGUUACUAUAAUGGGGGUUUUCAGAUUUUUGGGGUCAGAAAGUUCUUCAAACGUACCAGAAUGUUUGUACUGUACAUAGAUGAAAAGUAAGGUGUUCUUCAUUCAAUUUAAAAAUGGGUAAAUUCAUUUUACAAUGACCUGUUUAAAGGAUUGAUGAGGUAGAUACAUAAAGAGAAAGCGACUAAGUUGGGAUCGUGAAAAUUGCAUUUGCCCAAAAGUGACCAAGAUUGGGUCUAUAAUUGGCCACAGAACAGACUAUGAUGGGGUAGGGUCUCUGAGAGGCCAGUGGCACAUACCUUGUACCCAGCAAAAAUUAACCCAAGUACCCUCCCCCUGCCCGCCCCCCGCCCCCCCUCCCCCCCUGGGAUUACCAGUCAACCAUUUGCCAAUAACCAAUAUCAUAGUUCCACACAAUCAGUUGAUUAGUUGAACUAUAUAUACAAUGAAAAUACCAAAGCUCACUGAUGACAAAAGGACAUAUGAAACCACUGCACAAGGAAAUCGAUUUGGGAAAAAGGGUAGGGUGAAUUACAGGGGCAGAUCCAGGAUUUUUUUUAGGAGGGGGUGCACUCGUCUCUUGCUCUACUUCAACACCAAUAAACCACAUAAUUUUUUUUUUUUUCGCAGAGUACCAGUUGUAUUAGAAAACCGCAUGUCAUCUCANAUCGGUGAGGGAAAAAGGGUGAAUUAAGAAAACUGUGCGUUACUCUGGAAAAUUCAUAGCUGCGUCCGCCCGUUUUUAUCUCUAUCAGUCUAACUGUGUUUUUGGUGACUGUUAUUCAGUGGACAAAAUGGGUCACCUUCUGAAGCUAGCUGAUGAGUACGAUGUACAGGGUGUGCUUGAUCUAUGCACAAAGUGACUCAAAGAUGUACCAAAGUCUGAGGAGAAUGUGGUGAAGAUUCUUUACUUGGCAACGGACACAGUGAUAGCAAGUGAGGAUUCUAGGCUUGAUGGUGUUCGUGAUGAUUGUGAAAUCCUCAUUAAAGACAUGGAUUUGGUCAAUAUCUCUGCAAAGAGUGAUUUUAAGAAAUUGAGCCGAGACAGCAUGGAAAGGGUUUUUGUUAAAAGAACUGAACGUUUAGAAACUUUUAUUAGGGAGAUUCACCCACAGUUGGUUGGGUUAGUGGAAUAUUGUUUAUAUUUAAAAUUAGCGUCGUCUCCGUCUGUCAUAACUCGCUGCCCUCAACAUUUCCUUAGCAAUAAGUCAUACCUAGGUCUCCUUCAGCGUAUCAGAAGUUGCUUAGUUUGUAGAGGAAUGAUUACACAGUUAGUUACCUCAUCUAUU